AUGGCUGCCGGCCUCACUUUGGGCCUGGCCACCGUGGAGCCCUUCGGCUUGCAGGUGGUGCUGGCUGCACGGCCAGAGGACUGCACGUCGCAGGAGGAGCGGGCCAAGCUGAAAGCUGAGCAGGAUUUUGCUGUUCGCAUUCUUCCUUUGGUCAAGGACCACCACCUGUUGUUGGUCACGCUCCUUCUCUUCAACACAGUGGCCAACGAGGCUUUGCCUGUCUUCCUCGACAGGCUGCUGCCUUCCUGGGCGGCCGUGCUGCUGUCGGUGAGUGUCGUCCUCGUCUGCGGCGAAAUCCUACCUUCAGCUGUCUUCACCGGCCCGAACCAGUUUGCCAUCGCCUCCGCCUUGGUGCCGCUGGUGCAGCUCCUACAGGUCCUCUUCUUCCCGGUGGCCCGCCCCAUCGCCAACGUCUUGGACCAGAUGUUCAAAGAUGAGGUCCCCGAGGAGGGCGGCCCCAAGUACUCCCGCGCGGAGCUCCGUGCAAUGUUGGUGCUCCAUGGCCCCGAAGAAGAGGAGGCAAGCAAGGAAAGCCAAGAGAGUCACGGCCACUGCUGCGCUACGGGUCCGCUAGGCGAUGCUCAUGGGCCGAAGGACGAGGACGUUGAGGACGAGGUCAUCGCCAAGUCCGAGCUUCGGAUGCUGGAUGGGGUUCUGAGCCUGCGCGACCGCUAUCUCUCCCAGCUGCGGUGCUUCACACCUCUGAAGCUCUGCCGCAUCGCCAGCGGCCAGGAGCAGGCUGUGGAUGUGGUGGCACGCUGCGCCUUGAAUGGUGGUGACCGCUGUGUCGUAGUCUUGCAUGAUGGCUCCACGGCAGUGUUGGGUGCGCCACCCUCGCACGAUGGUGGAGGCGAUAGCGACACGGAUGUGGGGUCGCCGACCUCGCCCAAGCUAAGCUUGCGGGCCUCGGCGGUGCGCGGGACUUUGCGGAUGCAGGAGAUGCUGAAAGGCGGAUCCCAGAAGCUCAGCGAGCUCUGUACCCACAUGGUGACGGUGGACGAAGAUGAAUCUCUUAUGGAGGUCAUGGGGAAACUUCGGUCGCAGAACUGCUCAAGGGCCAUCGUGGUUCGGCCAUCCUUGGAUGGUGGGGAUGACACCGUGCGAGGGGUGGUCCACGUCUCGCAGGUGGUGUCCUUCCUUAUGACGUCAAAAGACUGCAGCCGGGAAGGCACCAAAGACAUGUGGAGCCCGACCAUGUCGCCAGGCUUUCGCCAGGUGGCCUCUAGUGCGCAUAGGCGCCAUCCUCUGGCGCGCGCAAGAUCCAAUCUCGACGCGGGGCUCAGCAGCACGCAGACCAUGAUGCGGUUCCGCCGCACCUGGCACCACGAGGACGCUCCAAAACAGCAGAUGGAUCGCAGCCACAGCAGGUAG